AUGUUGAAAAGUAAGAAGCGUAAAGUUCGGCGUAACGUUAUUGCCGGGCGGAACUUCGUUACCUGUGGUGCGGGAGCGCAGCGCGCCAAGGUGAACGCACGGGCCAAGGACGAGUCGGUGGCGCGGGAGGGGGCGUCUUUCCCGUCGCCCCCGCCCCGGAAUCGCGCUCAACCUUCGAGGACGAGCGGCGAAGCAAAAAAGGGGCCUCGUCGGAACAAAUAG